CCCCACACCGGACUUCGGGGGCACACGGCAUGUCACCCCGGCGAUCCCAAACCGGCACGGAGGUACAUGGGACACGGCUCGUGAUUGCGAAGUCGUUGGCUGGUCCAUCCGCCUGGGCCGUUGCAAUCAAGCCAUUCAGCAACUCCGUUGACUUCAACGGUCCGACCCACGCGAUCUUAGACUCUUUCCUCACCAAGUUCCUGCCAGAGGUCGACCCUCGAGCGACUCUGAACCACAGCUAGUUCGUUUGAAACUCAAGCAAGCUCUUUGAUGCAUGAAGAGACUUGUUGAUUUCUUUUCCCAGUCAGAAUCGAGUCGCCCAGCAUGGCAGAUGAGAAGAUUGUCCCUACGACGAUAGGGUCCUCGGAUGUUGACUCCUCACAACCAAACCCCAUCAGCCACAAGGAUACAGAGUCCAUCAGGUUGCUUCUCGACAGCCAGUCUCCCAAUGGCUCACAUGACCUGAAGCAGAUCGGUGUUUCGUUCAGAGAUCUUUCCGUCGUGGCGCCAACCGGAACCGAGAUCACCGUCAAAACUCUAGGCCGAGCGAUUCUUAACACCUUUGGCCCCGACCAGGUACAGUUCGUCAAAACCCACCUUCUGAACCACUGGUGGCCCCAGAAACCCGGAAGUUCGAGCGCAAGGGCCAUCUUGAACGGACUGUCCGGAAUUGUCAAGCCCGGAGAGAUGCUCCUGGUGUUGGGCAGUCCCGGAAGCGGCUGCUCCUCGUUUCUUCGCACCAUCGCCAACCAGUCACCCCUGACUGUUCAUGGCGAUCUCAGCUUCGCCGGCAUACCCGCCGCUGCGUUCAAGAAGAGCCACUCCCGAGAGACCAUAUAUCUUCCCGAAGAGGACAAGCACAUCGCCAGCUUGACGGUUCGGCAGACGAUCGCUUUCGCCCUGCGGUCCUCUUUGCCGUCACGCCUCGGAGGCACGAGCACCGUCACAAAUCUGGUUGAAGCAAUUGCAAAGCUUCUGGGGCUCGGCCAUGCUCUUGAAACUCCGGUGGGAGGCGCCUUUACACCGGGAAUAAGUGGCGGGGAGAGAAAACGUGUUUCUAUUGCUGAGGUUUUUGCUGCCGGGUCGUCUGUGCAGUCGUUUGACAAUUCAACCCGGGGUCUCGACUCGUCCACUGCCCUCGACUUUGCUAGGGCUCUAAGAGCCUUCACGGACAUUGGCAACAAGGCCACAAUUGCAACCCUCUACCAGGCCGGGGAGGAGCUCUACUCACAGUUUGACAAGGUCAUACUUCUUGACAAAGGCCACCAGGUCUUUUUCGGAUCUACCACACAAGCGAGAAGCUACUUUGAAGAACUCGGGUUCAUUCACGUCGAGGGGCAGACCACUGCGGAAUUCCUUGUCACCGUCACGGACCCCAACACCCGAACCGCGAAGCCAGGGUCACUCGCCGAGGGCAUUAAAACCCCAGAAGACCUUGCGUCUGCAUUCAAAGCUUCCCGGUACUACAAAUCCAUUCUCUCGGAAAUCGAAGCAUACAACCUGGAGCAAGCGGGAAGCGCUACUCCCCUACCGAGCGACAAGUACCGACUCUCAUAUCCUGCCCAAGUGCGGGAGUGUCUGCGGAGGGAGUUUCACUUGGUGCUGGGCCAGCGGAGGGUUUACUUCGUCAAAUGGCUCACCACCAUCAUCCUGUGCCUGUUGUGCGGUUCAGCCUACUUCGACAUCGACAACACCGCCCAGGGAGCCUUUACGCGCGGAGGCAUCCUGUAUUUCUCAUUGAUCAUCAACGGUUGGCUGCAGUUCCCUGAACUCUUCGACGCGCACACAAACCGGCCCGUCGUCGAAAGACAGGCGCAACUUCAUGUCACGAGACCGUCUGCCGUCGCCGUCGCCAGAUUUCUGAUCGACUUGCCCCUUAUCGCCUUCCAACACGUUAUCUUCAUCAUUGGCUUCUACUUCCUCGCGAGAUUGCAGCUGGAAGCCGGAAAGUUCUUCUUCUUCUAUCUGACCCUUUUCGUCUCAACUGUCUGCUUCAGCAACUUGCUGCGUAUGUUUGCUUCAUACGUGGGAACCUUGGAUGACUGCUUCAGAUACGGAGGCUUCUCUUGCACCGUCCUGCUGCUGUUUGCGGGAUUCUUGAUUCCUCCGGUGGACAUGACAGCAGCGUUUGGGUGGCUUCAUUACAUCAACCCCAUGUAUUAUGGGUAUGAGAACCUCUUCGUCAAUGAGUUUGAGGGUCUAUCCCUGGCUUGUCAUGACAACAUUGUCCCUUCAGACGGAGUCACGGGCCAUCAGACCUGUGCGAUCCGUGGCGCCGUCCCCGGAGACACCUUGGUAUCGGGAAGCCAGUAUUUUGAGACAUUCGGGUUUGACAUCUCACACAAGUGGCGUAACAUUGGCAUCAUGAUUGCCAUCGCCCUCGCCUACCUUCUCGCUGCCGUCGUGGGUAGCGAGACGAGGAGGUUUACGCCGCAGGGAGGGGCGCCCCUAAUUUUCACCAAGCGCCCAGACAAGACGUCGAAGAAACCCUCGGACAAAGCUGACGUGGAAAAGGCGGCACCAACCAUGCAGGCUCUCAAUUCCGGAAUCUCCGUCCCUGGAAACAAGUUGGGCGAACUCGCCCUUACGUGGAGAGACAUCAACGUCAACAUCGGGGGGAACGAAAUAUUGAAGGGCAUCUCGGGAUUCGCUCGCAGAGGCGAGCUCACAGCACUUUGCGGCGCGAGUGGCGCUGGAAAGACUACGCUCCUCACUGCUCUCAGUCAGACGAACUUCGCCGGCGAUCUGCAAGGAGAGGUUCUUGUUGACGGGAGGCCUCCUGACGAAAACUAUAGAAAGACCAUCGGAUUCGCCCAGCAAAUGGACCUCCAUGAUGGGACUGCAACAGUACGCGAAGCGCUUGAGUUUUCUGCCCUUCUGCGACAGCCAAAUGACUACUCCCGGGAAGAGAAACUAGCAUACGUGGAUAAGGUGCUGGAGACUUUGGACCUCGUCGAUGUGCAGCACGUUCUCAUCGGCGAAGACGGGGGCGGCCUGGGCGUUGAGCGACUGAAACGUGUCACGAUUGCCAUCGAGCUGGUCGCACGACCGCAGAUAUUGUUUGCUGACGAGCCGACAUCUGGGCUCGACUCGCAAGGCGCGGCACGCAUCGUUCAUUUCCUCAAGCACGUCGCUCGCCAAGGCCAGGCCGUUGUUGUCACCGUUCACCAGCCUUCGGCACUUCUUUUCUCGCAGUUCGACAACCUCCUCGCUCUCUCGUCGGAGGGGAGGCAGCUGUACUUCGGCAGGGUUGCGGAUGCCCUUUCGUACUUCGCUCGGCAUGGUGCCGUCAGCCCUCCCGGUGCGAACCCCGCGGAGUUCAUUCUCGAAACUGUCGGCGCAGGCAUCAACGCUCGCAACAACGACAAGGGCGCAACCUGGGCGUCCAACUGGUCUGCCUCUCCCGAGCUGGCGGGGUUACUAACCGAGAUCGAUCACGGCAUCAAACGCCGACCAUCCAGCGGCAGCGUGGCGGGAACCCCGCCAAAGAGCAGCUACAAUGCAACAGUCUUCGAACAGACAUGGCUGCUCACCAAGCGGAUGCUGCUAGGUCAGUGGCGCAACCCGCCUUACAUGUACAGCAAGAUAUGGGUUCACGUCAUCUCUGGCAUCCUUGUCGGCUUCACCUUCUUCCAGAUCGGCACAAGCCCUCAAGAUCUCCAGAAUCGGUCUUUCAGUGUUUUCUUCAUACUCUUCCUUUGCAACGCUAUCGUCAAUGUCAUUCUUGCGAGGUAUUUCUUCGCGAGCCUCUACUGGCUAUUCCGGGAAGGACCAUCGCACGCCUAUGGCUGGGUCGCCUUCGUCACUUCGACAAUUCUUGCGGAGAUUCCCGGUGCGGUACUCGUCACUGUCUUGUACUUUGUGUUGUGGUACUUCCCCAGCGGGCUGCCACUGGAAGAGGCCGGGUAUAUUUUCUUGUUCCUUCUCACAUACGAGGUCUUCCAGGUGCUUCUUGGGCUCUUCAUGAUGGCGCUUAGCCCGGAUCUCGGCGUAGCCGGCAAUGUUCUCGUCUUCAUCGUCUGCACCCUGAACUGGUUCAACGGUAUCAUCGUACCAUUCCACCAACUUCAAGUGUUUUGGCGCUCCUGGCUCUACUACCUCUCCCCAUUCACUUAUCUCUUGGGUGGAAUGAUUAUUGCUGUUACGAGUUCCGUAUCCGUUGACUGCAAAGCUUCCGACUUGGUCGAGUUCACAGCGCCGGACAACCAGACAUGCGCAUCAUAUGCCGCCGACUGGGCAUUGGAGGCAUCAGCCCAGCUGUUGAACCCGGACGCAUCAGGCGACACUGCGUGUCAGGUAUGCAUGCUUACCAGCGGAUCGCAGUACUUGGAGCUGUUCAACCUCAAUGAUGCUUUUGGCGGGAAAUGGGGUUGUUGGGCCAUUUUUUUGCUGUUCACUUUCAGCAACUUGGCUUUGGUGUACUUAUUUACUUGGGCAACGAGAGUGAAGGGACGGAAACUGCUCUACUUCAUUUAGAGCGGUAUAUUCCAUACCGAGGUUCUUAGAAGAGGGCAUGCAAGUCGGAAGGAGAGUACAUUUCCAUCUAGGUGUUCGUCGGCACAGACAAUUCGACGCAGCAGACUUUGUAAUCGACUCAAUUUAGCUUAUCUCUUGUGGCUACUUU